AUAUAAAUGGAUGUUGACCUAGAAGGAAGAAAGAAGGUUAUUGGGUUGAGAUUAAGGAGGACCAAUUAGGUUAUUUUCAUCAAGAAAUGGUAGAUAAUAACGUUGGAGCUAGUGGUUCAAGUGAAGACGGUGGCAUCAAAGAGCAAGACCGGUUGUUGCCAAUAGCCAACGUCGGGAGGAUUAUGAAGCAAAUUUUGCCUCCUAAUGCAAAAAUCUCAAAAGAAGCUAAAGAAACUAUGCAAGAAUGCGUUUCUGAGUUCAUUAGUUUUGUGACCAGUGAAGCCUCUGAGAAGUGUCGAAAGGAAAGACGGAAGACUGUCAAUGGAGAUGAUAUUUGUUGGGCUAUGGGAGCUUUAGGGUUUGAUGAUUAUGCAGAGCCUUUAAGAAGGUACUUACAAAGAUAUAGGGAAAUAGAAGGAGAUAGAGCUAAUCAAGAGAAGGGAAGCAGUAGCAAUAAUAAUACUAUUACUGAAGAAAAUCGAGCUCCAUUGAAGUUUGACCCAGUUGAUAAGAGGAAUAGCUCUAGAAGUUCAAGGCCAUCUUAGUUAGGUAAGUGUUUCUUUUAGCUAGAAACGGC